AUGCGGCAGCUCACCUCAAUAACUGAAUCAACUCUAGCGAACUCGUCAGCUACUAGCUUCGUCUUUACCAAUAGUAUCUGCAUAGACAUGCAGAGAUAUUCUGCUAUGGAGAAGUUUAUGUCUGUUGUGGAGAACCCAAAAGAGUUCAUCAAACUAGAUCGAUUUGAUGGAUCGAACUUCACUCGCUGGAAGGACAAGAUGAUUUUCUUGCUUACCGCUCUAAAGAUAUUUUACGUCCUUGAUCCAAUGUUGCCUGCAAUGUCGGAGCCCACUGAAGAAGAUUCAGAAGACACCAAAGCAGAGAGGAAGAAACGCCAAGAUGAUGAAUUGCUCUGCCGAGGACACAUUCUGAACACUUUGACAGAUCGACUCUAUGAUUUGUACUCCAAUCUGAAAUCACCAAGAGAUAUCUGGACAGCAUUGCAGACCGCAUAUGAAAAUGAAAAGCGAGGUAUUGAUAAAUUUCUGUCUUUACAAUACUUUGAAUUUAAAAUGGUUGAGACAAAGCCGAUUAAGGAUCAGAUUCAUGAACUACAAAUCUUAGUUUCAAAACUAAGUGAUCUUGAAGUUAAAGUUCCGGAUGCACUUCAGAUAGGUGUCAUACUCUCGAAAUUGCCUUCUUCCUGGAAUGACUAUAGAAAGAAAAUCUUGCAUUUUUCUGAUAAAUUAACAGUGGAUCAAUUUCGAACUCACCUUCAAAUUGAAAGUGAAACUCGUGCUCGUGACGCUAUAGUCCAUCCUUCGAGUUCUACUGUUAAUUUUGUUAGUCAAAAUGAUACAGCAAAUGGAAAUAAAAAUCUGAAAGUUUCUAACAAGCCUCGUUUUAAGAAAUGA